CGUCUCCGGAGUAUUCCCUCGCCCAAUACGGUAGGCAUACAUUGGCAUACAUACAAGGUGCAUCCAAUAUCCAUGGCCUGCAGCCGUAUUUCUGUGUCACCCGUUACCCAUCCAUCGUAUGUUGACUUCUGUCCGUUGCCCUGGUCCGUACCGUCCACCAGGGCCACCAUCCGCCACACGUCUUGACUUUUCCGUUGUCGGCCUCGUUGCCUCUCUUUUGUGUGCUCUCACACAGACGAGCCGUUCCUCUGGCCCGUUGCUGUGCGACACUGCGAGUCAGGGUCUUACUACCUACAGAUCGCGAUACUGCCUGGUACUGGCCCAUCCUGAUGGUGGUAGCAACCAUCGCCAGUCUUCCAUCCGUAUCAGAUCCCCGUCCACUGCUAACCGCCGGCUACCGUUGCUAGGAACCCAGCCGAUUGGAGUAGGCCGACCGCCGUCAUCUCUGGGAUGACGCGGCAAUUGAGGCGUCCGCCAGCGAGAUCCAAACCAUCGUUCACUGGUUGACAGACAUACUGAUUGAAGGUUGACAGGCUGCUGACCGGCAGUCAGGUUCUAUGGAUAGAUCUCCAG